AUGGCUGCUGUAAGAACACGAUAUGGACGUCUGACCAGCCAUCGGACUACGGGUCCAGUGUUGGAGACAGAGGAUAGUGCCGCCGAUCGAGCUUUGAUGCCACCGCCACCGCCACCACCACCAAUCGCUCCAGGAUUCGACAUACCUUCGUUCUCGCCGCAGACCUUCAUGAUCUAUCCCUGGCCAUUUCCGCGACCACGCGACUUCACGAAACUCUAUAUCCAUUACCGGGAGUGGAAGCAGCGAGAAGAUGAAGAGAAAGUCAAGGAUGUCAUCCAAGACGGUGUAGAUGAGUGGGCGGAGCUGGUGAUAGAUCCUGAAUUUUACAGCUCCGAACAGGACAUGCAUUACAGCAUGGGCAGAGUCUUUGUCAACCGAGCCAAGGUCGCUUUUUCGAAGGAGACGUCCUGGGAGAAAUUCGUUUCCGACGAGACGACAUGUACCGAGAAUGACAUCCCACUCCAGUAUAUGCUGAGAAUGGCCAUCUUUGAGAGAUUUGCAGUCAGAUUGUGUAACGAAAUAUGGUCGGAGGAGUUUCCAGGGCCGACGUGGAGACCCGCUCCGGCGCAAGGAAGGAAGGAUAGCAAGACAAAAUUCAUCUUGCAUGGUCCGAGGAAGCCAGAAGAGCAGUCCUCUCCUUCACCAAUUCAUCCAUCUGGAUGA